UCACAUUAUCCCGUACUCAGGAUUACCACUACUACCUGCUGAAAAAACAAGUUUCGAACAUCACUGGGGACCGGCCCGCAACACGCGAAACGGUGUGUGCAUUCCCGCCUCCAGUUGGUUUCUCUUUCCCCACUUUCACCCUCAUUAUGUCCCCUUUGUUAGAUGCAUCGUCUGCGCCAGAAAACGGUAUGGAUGUGACGGAACGCGACGAACCCGCUGUCGAAAGUGGAUCUGGCAUCGUCGAGACAUGGAUAUCGCUCCAGUUUACCUGGUCUGGGCGUUCCUUUUCGCUAGACAUCGCAGAUACCGAUACCGUAUACGACCUCAAAGGCUACCUUCACAGCCAGACCCUUGUUCCCCCUGAGCGCCAGAAGAUCCUAGGUCUAGUCAAAGGCAAGCUACCACCAGAUCAGGUGCGAAUCACCGACUUGAAACUGGCGUCGGGGAAGAAAUUUUCUCUCGUUGGGACGCCUGAAGGGGGUGAGAUCAAGGAUCCAUCAGCUUUGGAAGCCCUCCCAGACAUCGUCAAUGACUUCGACCUCGACAUGUUGUUCAUGGACUUUACGGCUAGGAAUCGUUACCUCACCGACCCACGGAAUGUUCGCAAGGUGAAGGAGUACACGUCCAAGACCCGUAUCAAUAUCAUCCAUCCGGUGCGCCCAGGCAAGAAACUGUUGGUACUCGAUAUCGACUAUACGAUCUUAGAUACGAAGCCUUUGUUGUCUGGAAGCCUGCCACCGGCUGAAUGCGCGCGUCCUGGUCUACAUGAGUUCUUAGAGGCGAUCUAUCCGUUUUAUGACAUUUGUAUAUGGUCGCAGACGAGCUGGAUUUGGUUGGAGACUAAAAUGGUAGAAUUGGGCAUGGUUGGAGGCAACCGUAAUUAUCAGAUCUCAUUCGUACUAGAUAAGACGAGCAUGUUCACUGUCUUUAGUCAACGCGACAACAAGCCGUGGCGGCAUUCUGUCAAGCCAUUGCAGAUCAUAUGGAAUCUGAUACCCCAGUUUGGCCCCCGUAAUACUAUACACAUCGAUGAUCUUAGUCGUAAUUUUGCUCUUAAUCCUGGCCAAGGACUUAAAAUCCAGGCGUUCAAGAAUGCCCAUACACAAGAGGCCGUGAUGGAUCGAGAGCUGGAAAAGUUGGGGAGGUAUAUGCUAUCUAUUGCCAAUGUCGAGGAUUUCAGGACGUUGGAGCAUAAUUACUGGAAAGACGUAGUGAAGAAAUUACCGCGUUCCUGAAGGAAUGUGACUGUCCUUCCGCUUGUUCCGGAAUACAAAGCAUGUAGUUUCUUGUAUAACAUUCUUUGCUAUCGGGCUGUCAUUUGCAUAUCACUAUCAUGUAGCGCAUAAUACUAUCAUUAUUAUAUUGGACAUUGUUAUUACGGAUCCAACAUUCAAAGAAUUAAAUUGAAGAUC